AUGGCAAAGAAAGAUUCUAACACGAAAAACACCAAAUUGAUCAUCAUCACUCGUUAUAUCAAAGCUCCUUUUAGGGUUCUUGCUAAGGCCAGGGAUUUUUAUAUCCAAAGCAUGACCCAGUGUGCCGGCCAGAUGGCUUACGGCACCUCGUCCAUGGCCAAGAGCUUUAGCGUCAAUUCAAACAGAUCCAUUAACGACGAUUACUCGGAUCUGAUCAGGGUGGCUUCUACUAGAACCCUAGGAGAGAAGAUCGAGUCGGAGCUCCUCCGCCGGCAACAAGAAUCCACGGCGGUAGCGGCGGCCAUUACGAUGACCAGGAGCCAGAGCGUUGCGAUUGGAAGGAUCGAUGAAGACAAACCUUGUGAUUUUGGGGAUGAUUUGUUGUUUUUGAGAAGUAGAAGUUAUGCCGUUAGUAAACGGCCUACUUUUUUCUCCUAA